AUGUCAUCUUCAGAUGAGGAAACCCUCAGUGAGAGGUCAUAUCGAAGUGAAAGGUCAUGCCGGAGUGAACGGUCUGGCAGCUUGUCCCCAUGUCCACCUGGUGACACGCUUCCAUGGAAUUUGCCACGUCAUGAGCAGAAGAAGAGAAAGAGCAAGGAUUCUGUCUUGGACCCUGCAGAAAGAGCGGUGGUCAGGGUGGCAGAUGAACGAGACAGAGUGCAGAAGAAAACGUUCACUAAGUGGGUCAAUAAACAUCUAAUCAAGGUUCGCAAGCACAUUAAUGAUCUAUAUGAAGAUCUUCGGGAUGGGCACAAUCUUGUCUCCCUUUUGGAAGUCCUUUCUGGUGUUAGAUUAUCCAGAGAGAAAGGUAGGAUGCGAUUCCACCGCCUUCAGAAUGUGCAGAUUGCACUGGAUUUCCUCAAGCUGCGUCAGGUGAAAUUGGUUAACAUCCGGAACGACGAUAUCACUGACGGGAACCCAAAACUCACUCUUGGGCUCAUAUGGACCAUAAUCCUUCACUUUCAGAUUUCCGAUAUUUAUGUCAGCGGGGAAUCAGGAGACAUGUCUGCCAAGGAGAAGCUGCUCCUAUGGACGCAGAAGGUAACGGCAGGAUAUGUUGGGGUGAAAUGCACCAACUUUACUUCCUGCUGGAGUAAUGGCAAAAUGUUCAAUGCCAUAAUACACCGGUAUAGACCUGACUUGGUAGACAUGCAGAAAGUAGAGAUUCAGAGUAACCGGGAAAACCUGGAGCAAGCAUUUGAAAUAGCUGAGAGCCUGGGUGUCACUAGAUUAUUGGAUGCUGAAGAUGUGGAUGUAGAUUCACCAGAUGAGAAGUCUGUGAUCACAUAUGUCUCUUCUAUAUAUGAUGCCUUUCCCAAAGUCCCGGAAGGAGGAGAGGGGGUCAGUGCCACUGAAGUGGAUUCUCGCUGGCUGGAGUACCAGGAAAGGGUUAUGUCCCUUACACAGUGGAUCCGACAGCAUGUACUACUGAUGUCUGACAAAUCAUUCCCACAGAACCCUGUGGAGUUAAAGGCACUUUAUAAUCAGUAUUUACAUGUAAAAGAAACUGAAAUUCCUGCAAAAGAGCUAGAAAAAGCCCAAAUACAGACGUUGUAUCAGAUGUUACAGUCUUGGAUUGAAUUUGGCCGCUUCAAGCUCCCACCAUCCUUUCAUCCGAAUGAUGUGGAGGAACUGUGGGGAAAACUUAUACUAUCCAUGCUGGAGAGGGAGAAAGUCCUACGACCAGCAGUGGAGAGACUUGAACUGCUCCUGCAGAUAGCAAACAAGAUCCAGAAUGGCUGCCUGACUUGUGAAGAGAAGCUGACGCUAGCGAGGAAUACACUACAAUCUGAUGCAGCUAAUGUUGAAUGUGGCCUGAAAACUCAGCAAGAAGAAGAGGUUCUCCUGUUCCUUCAGGAGAGUGAAGGCCUUCUGCGACAGCUGCAGGCAGAUGUGCAGAUCCUGCGAGAUGAGAAAUACUUCCAGGUGGAGGAACUAGCUUUCAGAGUUUUGAGGAUACAGGAUGAACUUCUCACACUCAGACUUGAGUACUCCAGCCUGUACAGGAAGGGAAACCUCUUCAAUUCAGAUCUGCAAACUUCCACAUCUAGGAACACAUCUCACCAGCAAACCCUUAAUACUUCAGCACCUUCUUCCACUUCAUGGUUUCGUAAACCAAUGAGCAGGGGAGAGCUGCUUGCACUGUCAUCUUCUGAAGAUGAGGGCAGCCUCAGAUUUAUCUAUGAACUUCUUGCCUGGGUGGAAGAAAUGCAGUUGAAACUGGAGCGAGCAGAGUGGGGCAGUGAUCUUCCCAGUGUGCAGUCACAGCUGGAAAUUCAAAGUCAAGUCCACACAAGUGUGGAGGAUCUAGCUUCAAGUUUGCGAGAAGCUAGAAGCUAUGAGGUUAAAAUGUCUCCAAAUUUCCGCAGUAGUUAUAAAGAAACCUUAAGCAAGCUUGAAAUGCAGUACUGCAAACUACGGGAGACCAGUAGUUCACGCUUACGUCACUUGAAGAGCCUUUAUGAGUUUGUGUCUCGUGCCACCGCACAGAUUAUUUGGCUAAAUGAGAAGGAAGAGGAGGAGCUGGCUUAUGACUGGAGUGAUGGAAAUUCUAACAUGGAGGCAAAGAAAGAAUACUUUGCUGAACUGACUGAAGAACUGGAACAGAAACAAGAUGUGAUUCAAUCUUUGCAAGAGACAGCUGAACUCUUGUCCCUUGAAAAUCACCCAGCUAAGCAAACUGUGGAGGCAUACAGUGCAGCAGUUGUUUCUCAGUGGCAGUGGGUCCAGCAGUUAUGUCUUUGUGUGGAGCAACAUUUAAGGGAAAAUUCUUCUUAUUUUCAGUUCUUUAGUGAUGUGCGAGAUUCCGAGGUUUAUUUGAAGAAUCUCCAGGAGUCAAUCAAGAGAAAGUAUUCAUGUGAUCGCAGUACUAGUAUGAAUCGUUUGGAAGACAUGUUGCAAGACUCCAUGGAUGAGAAGGAGCAACUCAUUCACUCAAGGAGUACAGUUGCCAGCCUGGUGGGAAGGUCCAAGAACAUUGUUCAGCUGAAGCCCAGGAAUCCUGAGCAUAGUUUAAGUGGCACACUACCUAUCAAAGCAAUAUGUGACUAUAGACAAAUAGAGAUUACUAUCAGCAGAAAUGAGGAAUGUGUACUUGAAGAUAACUCUCAGAGGACAAAGUGGAAAGUGAUUAGCACAACUGGAAAUGAGGCCAUGGUGCCAUCUGUAUGUUUCCUCAUCCCUCCACUGAACAAAGAAGCAAUGGAAAUGGCUAGCAGAGUGGAACAGCUUUAUCAGAAAGUCAUGGCACUUUGGCAUCAGUUACAUGUAAACACAAAAAGUUUAAUAUCAUGGCAUUAUUUGCGUAAAGACAUUGAUUUGGUUCAAAGUUGGAACAUGGACAAGCUUAGGGUGCUCCCUCUGUCAGAGAGGCUACAGACACUUUCCAGUCUUCAGUCUCAUCUUGACGAUUUUAUGGAGGAUAGCAAAGACUCCCAACUGUUCUCACCUACUGAUCGUCUGAACAUGGAACAAGAGGUGGAGACUUGUAAGGAGCAGUGCAGAAAGCUUGUGGACUUUAUUGAGACUGAAGAUAAAGAGGAAUCUGUGGCCAAAACCUACUUAUCGGAGCUUCAAAACAUUCGUUUGCACUUGGAGGACUGCGAGCAAAGGCUGGUGAAGAGAUUACAGACUGUCCUGGGUAGCGAUGUGGAUGCUGUGCAUGAAAGUACUGUCCAGAUAUCUGAACAAGAGAGAAUGCAGGAGGAACUGAAGAGGUUGAAAUCUGAGCUGUCGCUGGUUUCUGAGCGAUGUGACCAUUUCCUCAACAUGUCUCCCUCUGGCUCCAGUACCCCAAAUGUUCGCUCACAACUGGACCUGUUGGUCGGGAAAAUGGACCAUGUUUAUGGCUUGUCUUCUGUUUUCUUAGAAAAGCUGAAGACAGUAGAUGUAAUUAUUCGGAGUCUUCAAGGAGCAGAAGCUCUGGUAAAAGGCUAUGAGGCGCGUUUGAGUCAGGAAGAUACUAUCCCUGCAGAUCCAGCAGCUAUUCAGGGCCAGGAAGUCUUGUUACAACAAUGGAUGAGAGAGGCAAUGGAGAAGGAUAACAUCAUUUCUUCAAUGGAAGAGGAUGUUGUCAAAGCAAAAGAAGUGAGAGACCGUUUAAAUCAGCAAACACAAGAACGCAGUCUAGAUGUAGACCAGUAUCAGGAAAAGACCUCCAAACUUCGAGAACGAUGGAGUGGAGUGCACACCCAGCUAGAAACAAGGCAAUUGGAGCUUGCAGCGAUCAAAGACACGCUGAAAAAUUACAGAAGGCACCAUGACAGCCUGGUGCAAUGGAUAGAGGCUACUAAAGCACAGCAGGAGAUGAUGAAACCAGGACAAUCAGAGGACAGAAGAGUCUUGUCAGAACAGCUCAACCAACAGACGGCUCUAGUGGCGGAAAUAGAGCAGAAUCAGUCUCGUCUGGAUGAAUGUCAGACCCUUUCACAGCAAUAUUCUGUUUCUGUGAAGGACUAUGAACUGCAGCUGAUGACUUAUAAGGCUUUCGUAGAAUCGCAACAGAAGUCUCCAAUGAAGCGAAGACGGAUGUUGUCAUCUUCAGAUGUAAUAACUCAAGAGUUCAUGGAUUUGCGUACCCGUUACACUGCUCUGGUCACUUUAACUACUCAGCAUGUCAAGUACAUCAGUGACUCUCUGCGGAGAUUAGAGGGUGAAGAGAAAGUUCUUGAGGAGGAAAAGGAGAAGCAAGUUGAUGGUUUGAAACAGCUUGCUGGCUGGGUAGCGGGCAUUGCUCAUGUUGUAUCAAGUGCGCGAGGUUCCAACAGUGCUGAUCUCACGAAAUCCAUAUCAGAAAAACAGGCGCAAAGCGAGGAGCUGCUCUCAAAAAAGGAGGACAUUUCGGAAGCUGUGAAAUCAAUGCAGAUCUUCCUGGCUAAGAAUGGUGAUAAGUUGUCGCCUGAGGAGCGAGCACAGAUAUCUUCCCAGAUCCAGGAGUUAAAGGCAACAUACAACCGGCUUUGUGAAGAGUCUGGUAACCAGAUUCAGGAGCUGCAUACUGAGCUUGCUCGGGCAGCUGAGCAAAAGACACUAAAAGAGCAGCAGGUGGCUUGUUCUCAGGGACUAGACGAGCUGAGCUCAUGGGCAGGAUUGACAGAAAAGGCUGUACGUGAUCACCAGAGCAGCCCUAGAUCACAGGAUGUGUCCAGCCUUCAGGAUCAGUAUAAAAGCAUGCAGGAGCUCAAUAAUGAUGUGCAAACUAAAGCAAACAAGUUUGCUAGUAUCAUUAAAGCUGCGGAGGACUUCCUUGAGGAAAACAAGAACAAGAUGGACCCUAAAGAUCUUGAAGCAUUUAAGAAAAAACUCCAGAAGGCUAAAGAACAAUAUCAGUUAAUUCUGCAGAAAACAGGGGAGACAGAGAGGCAGUUAGAGUCUGCCGUUAGCACAGCCAUUUUAGAGGAAACCAAAAAGUCUAAAACUGCAGAGGAACUGCAACAAAACCUAGGAAAGAUUGAGAGUCUUCUGUGCCAGGUGCUUCCGGUUGUGCCAUCUAAAAGCAGCCUGCAGAAAAGCAGCAUGCCUGACGGAAGGGUUUCUGGUAGUAACGAGUUAUCAGAUGGAUGUCCUACAGUGGGAGAAGCCACUGACAUCAUUAAUAACCUCUAUGAAAAGAGAAAGGCCCACCACCAAGAAAUGUUAGGCCAGCAGCAGAAUUUAAUUUUGACCAUACAAUCAGCACAAGACUUCCUGGAUAAACAUGGAAACACUUUGCCCCCAGAAGAGCGAGAGCGAUUGCAAAACCAGCUUGCACGCUUGAAGGAAGAGUUUGCUGCCUCCCUGUCCCAGGCACAGGUACAACUGAAGCAUGCACAAGGACUGCGAGAUGAUCUGCAGCAUUUCAUUCACGAUCAUGGAGAGUUUGAUACAUGGCUUCAACAAAAUGAAGAGGAGUUGGAUAAGAUGCAGAAGGGGGAGGCAGACUGUGAAACCUUGCGUAAUUUGCUUCAGCGGCAAGCAGAUUUUUCGGAAGAUGUGAUCUCUCACAAAGGAGAUCUGCGCUAUAUUACUAUUGCUGGACAGAAGGCGAUCGAAGCAGAAAAAGCAGCACUUGAGCAGUCAAGUGAAGAGGUGGGAGUGGCAGCAACUUUGGUGAAAAGCAAACUUGAAGAUGCCUCUAAGAGAUACAGUGCCUUGCAUUCUAAGUGCUCUAAACUGGGAACUCACUUGAAUUCUUUGGUGAACCGGUACCAGCAGUUCCAGGAGGGCUCUGAUGCAGCUUUAGCCUGGCUGCAGAACACAGAGUUAACUGUGGAGAAAAUGCUUUCUGAACCAGUGGCAUCCAAUCCAGUAGCUUUGCAGGCCCAGCUAGAGAAGGCCAAGAACAUGCAGUGUGAUCUUGCAGAGCACCAAGUACAGGUUGACAAAGUACAAAAGGCAUUACGUGGUCUGCUGGAUGUCCAAGAAGAUCCACUUCCAGACUGCAAAAAAAUUCAGGCAACAGCUGCCUCCAUUGAAAGUCGGUUCCAAAGCCUCUCUAGCAAGAUGUCCAAUCGCACAGAUUUACUGCAGAAGUCAGUAGCCCAGUCACAGAGUGUUCAAGAAGGUUUGGAUAACCUUCUACACUGGUUGGAAGGAAUGGAGAAGACAUUAGAAAGUCAAAAACAAGCAUCUAUGUCAUCUUCAUCCAUUCAGGAGGCGCUUGCACAAAAUAUUAAACUAAAACAGGACAUUGGAAGCAGGAGGGGAAGCCUGGAUGCCACUGGAGAAAUGGUAGGGAAGUUUAUGGAGACUGCAGACAAAGCUGCAGCGACUGCUCUUCAGAACAAGCUGUCUGAUGUCACUACACGUUUUAAUCAAGUCUGUGAGCAGCAAAUUCAGCAAGAGACUGUUCUUAAAGAGAUCCUGCCACAAGUGGAAAGAUAUGAACAAAUUUCAGAUGCACUACAAGAUUUCAAAGCAACCAAAUUCCAGUUAUUGGCCUCAGGAAACCAGCCCGACAGAGACAUUGCCCAGUUCUCAGAACAAAUCCAGGAAUUGAAUGCAGAGAUAAAGCAGCAGACAGAGCAGUUGGGUACUCUGGAACAGCUGGCAAAGGAGCUGAGUACAUGUCCUGUGCUGCUGGACUCAUCUGAGCACUUACAGAAGGUGCAAGUGCUGAAAAAAGAAUUUCAUGAUCUCCAGGAGGCUGCAAGCGAGAGGGAGCGGGAAGCCUUGUCCUGCCAAGAAGAAUUGCAGAAGUUCCGAAGGUUAGUUAGCGUCAUGAGAAAAUGGCUGAAAGACAAUGAAGAGAAUGUUCCUCCAACAGAAGAAUCUCUUGGAUCAAUGGAGAUCCAGAAAAGGCUUCAACAAGUCCAGGACCUCUUAAAGGAGUGGCAAGUAAAAGGCCCACUUGUAGAGGAGAUCACACAAAAGGGAUCUGAAUUGGAGAGCAGAAUUAUGGAGAUCACUGCAGCAGAAAGCCAACUGCAGAGAGGUUCUGUGCUGAUGGCCUCAGUGAGCACUUUAGGGAAUGUUAAUGGAUAUCAUACAUGCCAAGAUUUGACUGGCAUCCAGUGUGAUGUCUCUGAGAUCAGCCAAAAGUAUGAUGACCUUGGAUUGGUGCUAAAAAAUAGAGAAGAACAAUUGUCCACUAUGCAGGGAAAAAUACAGAAAGUUCAACAAGAAACAAAUGAGAUGCUGAAGUGGUUAGAGUCCAAAGAACAAGUAAUAACUGCAGUCAAUGUGUCUCCAAAGAAGUCCGAGAUAGUUAAAGCCCAGGUUGAACAGAACAAGGAGUUCAUGUCUGAACUCGAGCAGAGUUCUGGAAAAGUGGAAAAGCUAAAGGCUGAGCUGAAAGAUUUGCUGGAGAAGCAUCCGAACUCUCCCGAGGCUGAGAACUGGAGGCAGAUGCUGGAAAAUCUUAACAGCCAGUGGGACAGAGCUAACCAAAUAACCUCAGAACGCCAGCAGAAGCUGGAAGAAUCUGCCAACCAGCUGGCUUUGUUCCAAACCGCUAGCUUGCAGCUACGUCCAUGGCUGACAGAGAAGGAGCUGAUGAUGAGUGUCCUGGGACCUCUCUCCAUUGAUCCCAACAUGCUGAAUGCACAGAAGCAGCAGGUUCAGUUUAUGUUAAAGGAAUUUGAAGCGCGCAAAGCUCAGUAUGAAGAACUAAAGCAAGCGGCCUAUGGUAUCCUAACAGGACCUGGUGAUGAGUCUCCAUCUACCAGCCAGGUGGAGGAAGACUUCAAUGAAAUCAAUCAGAAGUGGACAGAACUUACCAACCGCCUAAAUUCUAGAGCUGAACACAUUGACCAAGCUGUUGUAAAGAGCACUCAGUAUCAAGAGGUUCUGCAAGGCCUAACAGACAAAAUCAAGCUGGCAGGCAAGAAACUGAGUGCACAGCCAGCAGUCAGCAAUCAACCCGAUGCUGUAAAGCAGCAGUUGCAGGAAACUAGUGGGUUUCGCUCAGAUCUGGAGAACCUCGCUCAGGAAGUUGCAGAAGCACAGAUUCUAUGCAAUGGGUUAUCUGCACUUGUGGCAGAACCAUACCUCAAAGAUGAACUUCAAAAACGACUUGACACUGUGGCACUCCCACUUAAAGGAAUGGAAGAUUUGGCAGCAGAUCGUGUGAAUAGGUUGCAGACAGCACUUGCCAGUUCCCAGCAAUUUCAGCAGAUGUUUGAUGAACUGAGAAAUUGGCUAGAUGAAAAAUUAAUGCAACAGGCCAAGAGCCCGCCAGUAUCAUCCAAACUGGAGAAGUUACAACAAAUUCUUCAAGACCAGGAUGAAUUCCAAAAGAGUCUGAACCAGAACAGCGGGUCUUAUGAAAUGAUUGUUGCUGAAGGUGAGUCUCUGCUCCUAUCAUCACAGCCUGGGAAUGAGAAAACUGCCCUACAGAAUCAACUAGCAAAUCUGAAAGCAAACUGGGAAGAGCUAGGAAAGAAGACGACAGAAAGACACAACAAACUGAAGGACUGUUUACAGAAAGCUCAGAAAUUUGGUAGACAUGUGGAAGAUUUGGUCCCUUGGCUAGAAGACUGUGAUACCCAAAUGAAAGGAAUGGAAGUCACUCUUGACCCUGUCCAACUUGAGGCCCAGCUUCUUAGAGCAAAGGUUCUUGAAAGUGAAAUAGACAAGAAACGUUCAUUGGUGGAGAUGAUGAAUAGCACGGCUGAUCUUCUGAUCGAAGCGACUGAGGUCGAUGACCAAGAAAUCUUAGAGGAGAGAGCCAAGCUCAAUCAAAAGAUGGACAGUAUUACAGAACAGCUGCAUAUCAAGGCUGAGUCCAUUGAAGAAAUGUCCUUGAGACUUAAGGAACUAAAUGAUGGUUUUAAAAAUAUUGAUAAGAAACUCGAAGGAGCAAAACACCACCUGGAGAUUUAUGCCGCUCUCGGUGCUCAAGCAUGCAGCAGUAAAAAUUUGGAGAACAUGAAAUCUCAGCAGGACAUGCUGCAGAAUUUAGAUACACAAGUUCAAUACUUAAAAAAUCUAAUCCAAGGUUUGACAGAAGAUGCCCCAAAAGGCUCUGAUAUCUCUCGUCUUUUACAUCAAGCAGAAGAUGUGCAGCAUAAUUUUGAGACUGUAAAACAAGAGGUUAAUGAAUGCUGUUGCAGUAUGGAGCAGAAGCUCCAAGGAAUAGGCCAGUUUAAUUCCCAUGUUAGAGACAUUUUCUCUAAUCUAGCAGACUUGGACGAUGAACUUGACAACAUGGGCCCAGUGGGGCGGGAUGUAGACAGCCUGAAGUCUCAAGCUGAAGUUGUCCAACAGUUUCUAGAAUUGCUCCAGAGCUUAAAAUCAGAUAUCGAAUGUUCUGAAAAGAAAUGCAGAGAUAUGUUGGAGAAUGAAGGAGGUCCUGACCUCAUUGGAUUAAUGCGGGAGCUUGGGACAUUAAAUAAGCAAUGUGCUAAGCUGACUGAACGUGGCAAGAAUAGACAUGAACAGUUAGAAGCUACACUGGGCAGAGUGGAGGACUUCAACAUGAAACUGAAGGAGCUGAUUUAUCAGAUCAUGGCAGCAGAGGGCAGCAGUGCUUUGCAGGAGGUCGUCGGAAGUGAAGUUGAAGCUAUCAAGCAGCAGUUAGAAGAUUUUAAGGUUUUCCAGAAGGAAAAGGUAGACUAUGUUCAACUGAAGCUGCAGCAAGUGAAUGGUCUUGGCCAAGGUCUGAUUCAAAGUGCAGACAAAAACUGUGAUGUACAUGGAUUAGAACAUGACACUGAAGAACUGAACACCAGAUGGAACACACUAAACAAAAAGGUGGCAGAAAGGGUGACACAGCUGCAGGAGGCCCUUCUGCAUUGUGGGAAGUUCCAAGAUGCUUUGGAACCUCUGCUUAGCUGGCUCACUGACACAGAAGACCUGAUUGCCAACCAGAAACCACCAUCUGCAGAAUACAAAGUGGUGAAAGCUCAAAUCCAAGAGCAAAAGCUUCUGCAGCAUCUUUUAGAAGACAGAAGGGCUACUGUGGACAUGAUUCAGGCUGAAGGGGCAAGGAUAGCAGAGGGAGCUGAUCCUGCUGACAAGGAAAAGAUAAGCCGCCAGCUAGAAACACUCAAGGAGAGAUGGUCUUCCCUGCUGCAAAAGGCACACACAAGGCAGAAACAACUUGAUGACAUAUUGGUUUUAGCCAAACAAUUUCAUGAGACGACUGAGCCUAUAUUUGACUGGCUCUCUGCCACAGAAAAGAAAUUGGCAAAUUCUGAGCCAAUCGGUACACAGACAGGAAAAAUUCAGCAGCAGAUCUUGCGUCACAAGAGCCUAGAGGAAGACAUAGCAGUCCAUGAGCCUGAUGUACAACAAGCGGGCAGGCUAGUGGACGCUCUCUCUGCCCUCUGCUGCAAAGCUGAACAGGCUAGGUUGGCACAUAGUCUAGACUUCCUGCACUCUCGAUACAAUGAGGUGCAGGAUGUGUGCAGUAGAAAAGGUGCCUUGCUGGGGCAAGCUCUGAGCAAUGCUAGGCUUUUCGGAGAGGAUGAAGUUGAAGUCCUGAACUGGCUGGCAGAAGUAGAGGACAAACUGAGCUCUGUCUCCGUGAAGGAUUACAAGCUGGAGGUCCUGCAGAAACAACACACUGACCAAAUGAGUCUUAGUGAAGAGAUUGUUAAUAGAAAGAGGAACGUGGACCAAGCAGUUAAAAAUGGACAGGCUCUGCUGAAACAAACAACAGGUGAAGAGGUCCUCCUGAUCCAAGAGAAAUUGGAUGGCAUCAAAACACGUUACUCUGACAUCAUAGCAUCAAGCGGGAAGGCUCUGAAAACACUGGAACAGGCCCUGCAAUUGGCCAGCAAGUUCCAAACAACCCAUGAAGAACUUACCAACUGGCUUGGACGGGUGGAGGAAGAACUGGCUCAAACAAGUGGACAGUACCCUGCUGGAGAACAGAUUCCACAAUUCCAGCAACGGCAAAAGGAGUUAAAGAAGGAAGCUAUGGAAUAUCGCAUUGUCCUUGAUACUAUAAAUGAAGUUGGUAGUGCCUUAUUGGAGCUGGUACCCUGGAGAGCAAGGGAAGGUUUAGACAAGCUUGUCUCGGAUGCCAAUGAGCAGUAUAGAUCCGUCAGUUCCACUAUUGCACACAGAGUGGAUCAGAUUGAUGCUGCUAUUCAAAGAUCACAGCAGUAUGAGCAAGCUGCUGACGCAGAGUUAGCCUGGGUGGCUGAGACCAGGAGAAAACUUUUGGCACUUGGUCCAAUCUGUUUGGAACAGGAUCAGACCACGGCCCAACACCAGGUGCAGAAGGCAUUCACUGUAGACAUAAUUCGUCAUAAAGAUUCCAUCGAUGAGCUGAUCAGCACACAGGAAGAGAUUCUGGGUACAUGUGGGGAUGAGCAGAAAGCCACUUUAAAAGAAAAAACAAAGUCACUUCUACAACAGUAUGAGGAUGUGAGCCACUUAAAUUCUGAGCGCUCUGCACGUCUGGAGCGAGCCCAGGUUUUACUGGGUCAGUUCUGGGAAACCUAUGAGGAAUUAAAUCCCUGGAUUGAGGAAAUGCAGACCACCAUUUCCCAGCUGCCACCACCGGCUGUUGACCAUGACAUGCUAAGGCAGCAGCAAGAAGAGAUAAGGCAACUGAGAGAAUCAGUGUCAGAACACAAACCACACAUUGACAAGCUGCUGAAGAUUGGUCCUCAUUUGUAUGAGUUGAAUCCUGAAGAAGGGGAAGCAGUCCAAGAAAAAUACACUAAAGCCGAGAAGAUAUAUGUGGCUAUAAAGGAGGAAGUGCGCAAAAUGGCCAUGGCACUGGAUGAUGCACUUUCACAAGCCUCUCAGAUUGUGGAGUUCCAUGACAAGAUUGGGCCCAUGUUGGAAACCCUGGAAAGCAUGGCAUCUCGCCUUAAUAUGCCGCCUUUGAUACCUGCUGAAGUGGAGAAAAUUCGGGAUUGCAUUGGUGAGAACAAGAAUACCCUCAUGGAACUUGAAAAACUGCAGCCAUCCUUUGAGGCCCUGAAACACCGCGGAGAGGAGCUUAUCAGCCGCUCACAGGGAGCAGACACGGAUCCUGCAGCCAAAGCCAUUCAGGACAAACUGGACCAGUUAGUGUUCACCUGGGAGGACAUCAAAGCCAGGGUAGAUGAACGAGAGAUGAAAUACCUAGAUGUCCUUGAGCUGGCAGAGAAGUUUUGGCUAGAUAUGAAUGCCCUGUUAACAACCAUCAAAGACACCCACGAGAUUGUUCAUGAUCUGGAAAGUCCCGGAAUUGACCCAUCAAUGAUUAAGCAGCAGAUUGAGGCUGCAGAUACCAUUAAAGAGGAGAGUGAUGGACUCCAUGAGGAACUGGAGUUUAUCCGCAUUCUUGGAGCAGACCUCAUAUUUGCUUGUGGAGAGACUGAAAAACCAGAAGUCAAGAAAAGCAUUGAUGAGAUGAACAGUGCCUGGGAAAACUUGAAGAAAACUUGGACAGAGCGCCUGGAGAAGCUUAGAGAUGCAAUGGGUCAUUCAGUACAGUACCAGGACACCUUACAGGCAAUGUUUGACUGGCUGGAUAAUGCUGUUAUAAAACUUUGUGAUAUGCCUCCUGUGGGAACUGAUAUCAAUACAGUGAAAGAGCAGAUCAAUGAAAUGAAGGAGUUUAAGGUAGAAGUUUAUCAGCAGCAGAUUGAAAUGGAGAAGUUGAAUCAUCAAGGGGAACUGAUGCUGAAGAAAGCCAUUGAUGACACUGAUCGGGAAAUCAUCCAAGGACCACUAACAGAGUUGAAACAUUUGUGGGAGAAUCUUGGAGAGAAGAUUAUACACAGACAGCACAAGCUUGAGGGUGCCCUACUGGCUCUUGGCCAGUUCCAGCAUGCACUGGCUGAAGUAAUGUCCUGGCUAACACACACAGAGGAACUUCUGGAUGCUCAGAAGCCCAUUAGCGGUGACCCCAAAGUCAUUGAGGUUGAGCUUGCAAAGCAUCAUGUCCUGAAAAAUGAUGUGCUUGCUCAUGCAAGCACAGUGCAAACUGUGUACAAAGCAGGCAAUGAGCUGCUGGAGUCCAGUGCUGCAGAUGAUGCAAACAGCCUUAGAACUAAGCUGGAAACUCUAAAUCAGUCAUGGGAGUCUGUACUACAGAAAACUGAGGAAAGAGAGCAGCAACUAGACAUGGCUCUUCAGCAGGCUCAAGGCUACACAGGGGAGAUUGAAGAUUUCAUCCAAUGGGAGAGCAGAAUAGAAAGCCAGCUGUCAGCAGCUAAACCCACUGGAGGACUACCAGAGACUGCUCGGGAACAGCUACAGGCUCACAUGGAGUUAUAUGCUGAAGUCAAAUCCAGUGAUGAACUAUAUAAACAGCUUCUAGACAAGGGACAACGAAUGCUUCUCAGCCGGGAUGAUGCACCCGGUUCUGUCACUGAACAGAGUGUAGCCAUACUUAAGAGAAAGUGGCAAAACAUUAACAACAAGGUGGAAGAGAGGAAGGGGAAACUAGAAGAAGCUCUGAGUUUGGCCACAGAUUUCCAGAAUUCAUUACAAGACUUUAUUAACUGGCUGACACAAGCUGAGCAAAGCCUGAAUAUAGCACCUCCUCCAAGUCUGAUUCUAGACACAGUUCUUUUCCAAAUUGAUGAACAUAAGAUUUUUGUAAAUGAAGUUAAUGUUCAUCGAGAGCAAAUUAUUGAGUUGGACAAAACUGGGAACCAGCUGAAAUUUCUCAGCCAGAAGCAGGAUGUGGUCCUUAUUAAGAACCUUCUGCUCAGUGUCCAGUCCCGCUGGGAAAAGGUGGUUCAGCGAUCAGUGGACAGAGGAAGAUCCUUAGAUGAGGCAAGAAAAAGAGCAAAACAGUUCCAUGAAGCCUUGAAGAAACUGAUAGACUGGUUGGAAGAGGCAGAGAAUCACCUAGAUUCUGACAUGGACAUCUCUAAUGAUCCAGACAAAAUCAAGCUAAAGCUUACAAAGCACAAGGAAUUCCAGAAAACCUUAGGAAGUAAACAGCCUGUCUAUGACACAACUGUAAGGACAGGAAGGGCAUUGAAAGAAAAGGCCUUAUUAAGCGAUGAUGUGCAGAAAUUAGAUCACCUCCUUGGAGAAGUGAGGGAUAAAUGGGACACUGUGUGUGGAAAAUCUGUAGAAAGGCAGCACAAACUAGAGGAAGCUUUGCUUUUUUCUGGGCAGUUUAUGGAUGCCCUGCAGGCCCUGGUUGAUUGGCUGUAUAAGGUGGAGCCUCAGCUGGCUGAAGAUCAACCUGUGCAUGGAGACUUGGAUCUUGUGAUGAACCUGAUGGAUGCUCAUAAAGCGUUCCAGAAGGAACUAGGGAAAAGGACAAGCAGUGUUCAAGCUCUGAAGCGUUCUGCUAGGGAACUGCUUGAGAGCAGUAGAGAGGACACUACCUGGGUCAAGGUUCAGCUCCAGGAACUCGGCACAAGAUGGGACACUGUAUGCAAACUUUCUGUGUCCAAACAAACCCGCUUGGAGCAAGCACUGAAGCAGGCGGAGGAGUUCCGAAGUACUGUCCACAUGCUGCUGGAGUGGCUCUCAGAGGCCGAGCAGACGUUACGUUUUCGUGGCGCUCUUCCUGAUGAUGCAGAGGCUUUGCAAUCCCUCAUUGAUGUUCACAGGGAGUUCAUGAAGAAAGUAGAAGAGAAACAAGUAGAUGUAAACACUGCAGUCAGCAUGGGAGAGGCAAUACUGACAGUGUGCCACCCAGACUGUAUCACGACUGUCAAGCACUGGAUCACUAUCAUACGGGCUAGAUUUGAGGAGGUGCUGACUUGGGGCAACCAACACCAGCAGAGGCUGCAGGCAGCCCUCUCAGAGCUUUUAGCCAAUUCUGACCUCCUAGAUGAAUUGUUAGCCUGGAUACAGUGGGCUGAGACUACUCUGAUCCAGCGAGAUCAAGAGCCUAUGCCUCAAAACAUUGACCAGGUCAAGAAUCUAAUUUCUGAACACCAGGUUUUCAUGGAGGAAAUGACUCAGAAGCAGCCAGAUGUAGAUCAAGUCACAAAAACAUACAAAAGAAAGACAACAGAUCCAAACCAUGCGUCAUUCAGUGACAAGACACGAAGCAGUGAGUGAAAACAUCCAGUGCAAUCCACUCCACAUGUACUACCUCCCCUGUCUCAAUCUGAGACCAAGAAUCCGAGGAUCAAUCAGUUGUCUGCACGAUGGCAGCAGGUUUGGCUGCUGGCCUUAGAAAGACAGCGGAAGCUUAAUGAUGCUAUGGAUAGACUAGAGGAGUUGAAGGAAUUUGCUAACUUUGACUUUGACAUCUGGAGAAAGAAGUACAUGCGUUGGAUGAAUCAUAAAAAAUCUCGAGUUAUGGAUUUCUUCCGAAGAAUUGAUAAGGACCAAGAUGGGAAAAUUACUAGACAAGAAUUUAUUGAUGGGAUAUUAGCUUCCAAAUUUCCAACCACAAAACUUGAAAUGACUGCUGUAGCUGAUAUAUUUGACCAGGAUGGCGAUGGAUACAUAGAUUAUUAUGAGUUUGUAGCUGCCCUUCAUCCCAACAAAGAUGCCUACCGGCCGACCACUGAUGCAGAUAAGAUUGAGGAUGAGGUCACCAGGCAGGUAGCACAGUGCAAAUGCGCAAAGAGAUUCCAAGUGGAGCAGAUUGGAGAGAAUAAAUACAGAUUUGGAGACUCUCAGCAGUUACGUUUGGUUCGUAUACUGCGCAGCACAGUAAUGGUCCGAGUUGGUGGAGGCUGGAUGGCUCUAGAUGAAUUUUUGGUCAAGAAUGAUCCUUGCCGAGCAAGGGGAAGAACAAAUCUAGAGCUGCGAGAAAAAUUUAUACUUCCUGAGGGGGUAUCCCAAGGAAUGACCCCCUUUAGGUCCCGAGGGCGAAGGUCUAAACCGUCUUCCAGGACUGCCUCACCAACACGGUCCAGCUCCAGUGCCAGCCAGAGUAACCACAGCUGUACAUCCGUCCCAUCUUCUCCCGCCACUCCUGCCAGCGGCUCGAAGGUUACACCAGCUCAGAGCAGCAAAAUGAAGAAAGCAGCCAUCCACACAAGCCGGUCAUCCCUCACAGGAGAUAUGACUGCAGCCACACCUUCUGGUGCCAAAUCAGGUCGACCUGAUCCGAAGAAAAGUAGCAGUCGUGCUGGAAGUCGCACCGGAAGCCGAGCCAGCAGUCGGAGAGGAAGUGACGCCUCAGACUUUGACCUUUUAGAGACUCAGUCGGCCUGCUCAGACACCUCAGAGAGCAGUGCUACUGGAGGACCAUCUCGCAGAGGACUGUCUAAACCUUCCAAAAUCCCCACUAUGUCCAAGAAAAUUACCAGCACUCCUAAAACUUCAGGCACUAAGAGAUAGUCCUACCUGAAGGAAACUUUGGGCACAGGAGCAAAUAGCCCGCCAGUGGGGCAGACCAUGAGCUUUGUUUUUAUAACAUGCACUGUACAUCUGGAUGUACGCUUGUCUGAGUGGGGAAAUUUCUAUCGUCUAUACAUGUACACGAGAAAGAUGUUUAUAACUGCCUUAUCUGUUUCUUUUGUUUUUGUACCUUAAUACUUCCAUGUGAAUAUUUCUGUAGAUAAAACAAGCCUUGUGUGAAUUCCUGGCAAGAUUCAGGGGCUCUCGUAGAAAGAUGGAUUGUGAAACAAGAGUAUAGACAACUAAUGUUCUGACUCUGCAGGGUAGAAGACCCUUUUUUUAGGGUUGGUAUCCUAGGACAACACUACUAAACUUUAAUAGGGAAAUCCUCUGUUUUCUAUAUGAACAAUACUUUAUUAAGCUGCAGAGGGAACAGAGACUGACAAAAGAUUUCUUUUAAUAACAUUAGGGCUUUCUGUAUUGACAGCACUUGCACACUCUGCUUUGACCUUACAGUACCAAUUAUUAUCAUCAAGUCUCUUACAGCAACUGCCAUUGAAAAGGACAUUUAACCACAUGGUGUUUGGGAGCAGCCAUUUGCGUGACAGUAAAUUCCAAAUUCUGGUGCAGCAUAGAUUAGCAUAUGCAUCUACACAGCCAUUUUGCACUCAUCCCAGGUUCAUCUGAUUUUUCUUAUUGUAAACUACAUUUGUUUUAUUUAUCUGCCUAGUAUAUUCUUAUUUAUUAUUUAAUGGUCAUUCCACUUAGGAUUUGUGUGACAUGUUCAUUUCGGUAGACAAACAAUCACAGUUGUGCAUCAGUGAAAUGGGACCCGCCAGCGAAGUUCCUCCCUCACAUGUAUCUACGGGUUACCUCCGGAAAACUGACCCUGUGGGGUGGAGUUGGUAGAGAGCACACAUGGAUCCCUCCUGUUACCUGUCAUUACAUCCUGUUCUAACAGGCUGCUGUGGGAUUUUCUCAACUAGUUUGCAACAGAAAAUAAUGCUGUACCAAUGAACUGUUAAAUAAACAACACAUUUUGUAUUAAAAUUGCUUGCAGUAACAUCAAGUAUACCUUGUGUAUGUGUCUUCACUGUCUUCUAGGAAGGCUAAAGAAAAAUACAUUGGCAAUCUAUA